UCCAACUGUUUUUGACUUACGUCGUAAUACUUUUUGGGAUCUUCGUUUGGCGGGAACGGAGGAUUAACAUUAUAAACGUUGGUGGCUAUAGAAGGAUCCCCUUCGAACUUAUUAAUUUGUCUUCAUACUCCAGUAGAUGGAUCCGUAUAAUAUAUGAUAAGAACGUUUCACAUAAUCUUGUUUAUUUGAUCUGAAAUGAAAGAAAAAUGUCAUCAUCCGGCGAGGAAAGUGAUCAAUUGACGGAUUUGGAAGCAAUCCGUGAUCGAAUGUUAAGUCAACCACGAAGUGAACGUAUGCAAGUUAGUGCAUGGGAAGAUGACGAUGAUGGAGUAGAGGCUGAACGUAAUGCAAAAGAACCUGAUGCAAAAGAAAUUCUGACUGCAGCAGAGAAUGGCGAGCUGGAUAAAGUGCAAAAAUUAUUAAUGGAAAACCCGCUAUUGUUAGAAUGUACAGACAAAGAUGGUUACACUCCAUUGCAUAGAGCAUGUUAUGGCAAUCACGUAGCAAUUGUAGAAUAUUUACUUCAAGCAGGUGCAAAGAUAGAUGCUAAAACUAUGGAUGAAUGGCAACCAUUACAUUCUGCAUGUUGCUGGAAUAACGUUGAAUGUGCAAUGGUAUUAAUUGCAAAUGGAGCAGAUAUAAAUGCCAGAAGUAAAGGAGAUCAAACUCCUUUGCAUUUAGUAUCUGCAAGUUCUCAUAAUUCUCCUGCUUUGCAACUUCUUUUAUUGCAUCCAGAUAUAAAUCCAAGAUUGGUAAAUUCAAGCGGAGAUACAGCUGAACAGAUCGCAAAAAGAACAGGGAAGUAUUAUCCAAUGUUUGAAAUUAUUGAAGAUUGCUUAAAUGUUAUUUGAAUCUAUUGCUUGAUAUGUUUAUUAGAUAUGUUUAUAUACACAUGUUACAAUAUCAUGAAUGAAACAAAUUUAUGAAAUUAGAAGUUGUAAGCAUAUCAUUAAUAUACUAUCAGUACAUUUAUAAAUAUGUUAAUAAGUCUGUAUUUACUGUACUAUAACAGAAUAUAAAAGUAUAAAUGUUGAUAUGUUAUUAGAUCAUGAAAGUUAUUGUAUUGAAAACUUUAGGAAAAUAAUACUUCAACAGUUGGAUUUUUAUCUACUAACUACAAAUAUAAUGAUUGUGUGAUAUGUUAGGAGUUUGAUGUGAUUCUAAUUACAAUACAAAAUUAUUACGAAUGUGACACUAGUGUCAUAAUUGUAAAAAACAUCCUUUUUAUUUUAUAAAAUACUUAAUAAAAUGAAAACAUAUGUUGAACAAUA